AAAAGAGAGAGAGAGAGAGAGAAAAAAUGCAAUCGUAAAGCGCGUUUUCUUCUUUCCUCCCUCCCAAACUUUAUCUCAAAAGGAUCGCCGACUUUUUAUGGGCUCGAAUCAACUGCAGAUGAAACUUUUCUUGUCGUGCGUAAAGGUGAGGGGCGCGCCAAAGUGAACAUGUGCCUCUGGGACAAAAGAGGGGAAAAAAUGCUCCGAAGAUGUCAACAUUGCUUUACCACCCACUCGAAAUCGAUUGCAUUACCUUCAAGAAGGUGGCACUCGGUAUAAAUAGCUACGCAAUUUUUCAAGAAAGACGGCGUUGAGCACAAUCUGCAGGCUGUUCUUUCUCUCUCCUAUCGGAACUGCAGACAACGCCUGGAAGAAUUUCCUCAAGACAACUGUGUCCACUCUCUAGGACAUAAGCAUCUCCUCAACCGUCAAGCCAUGCAUGUGGAGAGGAAAUGGCACAUACUGUUGACCAUCUUCUUUCUGCUCAUCUCCUCGGGUCAAUGCAUGGACAGCAAAGAGGUCAAGCAGAAUGAGAGAAGGACCCUGUUGGAUCUAAUUUUACAGGUUAUCAAGGACAGCCAGCAACGGGACAAACCCGUGUCUAGGCGCUGUGGCAGUGGACUCCACACCUCAGCACAAGACUUCAAGUCCUCUUCCCGGGAAAAGCCUUUGUAUGUCCCUAGGCUGGAUAACACUAGACUCAUAGUGAUUAGGUCAUGUGAAACUAACAGUCUUUUUUCUUACCRUUUCUUUCUUUUAGAUUACAAAAGGUGUGCAAGAUUGCUAACGCGAUUAGCAAUGAGUCCGCUCUGCAUGCAGUCAUAGGUUUUGUAUGUCGCCAUAUAACGGAAGAGGGAUCAAUGUGUUGCCAAGGAAGUGCCUUCAAACCCACAGCAGACAUGAGGACGUUCUUUCUGUGUGUGUUUAUAGUGUCUAUGUUUUUGCUGUUGGUGUUGUCAUAACUCAAAAUGAUUGAACGGACAUUGUUGGUUGUUUGUGAGUGGAAUGGACCAUAUAUUUGUAAGCAAAUAAUUUAAUAUCAAAUACAUCUAUUUAUUGAAAGGACAUAUAAGUAUAUGUAAGGAUUUAACAGUCACUGAGAAUCCGAUCAUUUUGGUUAUAAAGGUCAUGAGUGAUGGAAAGAAAAUGUAUUCGCUUUAUUUUCUAUACAAAUUCCACUUUUGCUAAUUUGCUGAUGUUAUACUCCAUCUUUGUCUUCAUCACAUUUUAUUUGGCACUUGAGUGAUUGUUGACAAUAAAACCAUAUAAAAUAACGACAAUGGUGACAACUCACUGCAUUACUGAAUAAAGAAUACUGAAGCACA